AUGUACCGCAGGAUUGUGCCAUCCAUCAGAGCACGUCGUUGUCUCCAUACUCCGCCGAUGGAUACAUACGAGAAGAAAAUUUACGACAUGCUCCAAUCGCAUUUCCAACCAAAGCAGCUUUCAGUAAAAGAUGUGAGUGGAGGCUGUGGUUCCAUGUUCGCCAUUGAGGUUGAAAGCGAUAAAUUCAAAGGUAUACCCAUGAUCAAGCAACACCGAUUGGUGAAUGAGUUAUUAAAGGAUGAAAUCUCCCAAUGGCAUGGAUUGCAGUUGAAGACAAAGGCACCCAAAAUUGUUGGUUAG